AAGGUAGGUUGAGUGGUGAGAGCAGUGCUGAUGGACGCGUUGAUUUCGCUGAAUGGUUUCGCGUUCAUGAAGUAACGGAUGUCCGUCUGUGGGUGGAAAAAAGAAGAAACGAAGCGAAAAAAGAACAGACCAGAAGGAAAAAUGAAGGUAGCAUGAAAAUUAAAGGUUCUGCGUACCAGAUGAGGAACAAUGCUGGCCAUGGAUCAAGGUGUGGUGGAGGAAUGGCUCUCUGAGUUUAAGACGUUUCCCGAGGCAGCCAUCUCCAGCUACGCUGCAUCUCUGAAGGAAAAGGUCUCGCUGGUCCCUGCACUUUAUAAAGUUAUCCGUGAGAACUACAGCGAUCUCUUGGAGCCGGUAUGUCAUCAGCUGUUUGAGUUCUACCGGAGCGGAGAAGCUCGCCUUCAGCGCUUCACGCUACAGUUCCUCCCUGAGCUGGUGUGGAGUUACCUGUCAGUGAGCGCCAGCCGGAACCCGCAACACAGCGGCUGCAUCGAGGCUCUUCUGCUCGGCAUCUACAACCUGGAAAUAGUUGAUAAAGAUGGCCAAAGCAAAGUGUUAUCUUUCACCGUCCCCUCCUUAUCCAAACCGUCCGUGUACCAUGAGCCUUCCACUAUUGGAUCCUUGGCUCUAACCGAAGGAGCGCUAGCUAAUCACGGGCUUAGUCGAGUUGUUUACAGUGGACCGCACCUCCAGAGAGAGACGUUCACAGCACAGAACAGGUUUGAAGUGCUGACAUUCCUGCUGCUUUGCUACAACGCUGCUUUAAACUACAUGAACUGUUAUUCCCUCCAGUCUCUGUGUCGGCUCAGCUCCAGGGUGUGUAUCUGUGGCUACCCUAGACAGCAGUUUCGAAGGUAUAAAGGCAUUAACAGCAGGAUGAUGGUGACUCCAGAGUUCGUGGUGCAGCUGAUCACAGGCAUUCACUUCGCUCUGUGUAACGGAGAGCCGGAUUUGGGCGCCAAAGCUCUCGAUGACGUUCUCUAUCGAGCCCAGUUGGAACUUUACCCAGAAGUCUUGCUGGUGGGGAACGCCAUUAAGUCGUCCCUCCGUGGCGCUGCUCUGAAAUCCAAUAAAGAAGGCACGCGGUCCAUCCAGGUCGAGAUCACACCUACGUCCUCACGGAUCUCCAGAAACGCCGUUACCAGUCUCUCCAUCCGCGGUCACCGAUGGAAACGGCACGACGCAGUGGAUCUGGGUUCCCCGGAAGAGCUGAUGGAGAUCUCGGAGGUGGACGAGGGCUUCUGUACGCAGGCCGCCGUGAAGGAGGGCAGCCCCCCGAUCAUCGUGGUGAGCAGCACCAACGUCACGCCAAGCCUCGGGAAACCGGCAGGAAGGGGCCUGCGGCGUCUAACAGGCAGCAAAUCCAGCAAGGACAAGGAGCGAGAGAAGGAGAAAGACGGCGAGGUCUCGCGCAAGCAGUCUUGCGGCCGGGCCAUGAGCGAGAACUUGGAGCUGCUUUCGCUCAAGCGCCUCACGCUCACCUCCAGCCAGUCUGUGCCCAAAGGGGGUGCGCUGAGCCUCUCGCGCACCGCCAGCGCCGCAUUCUCUCGCUCCUUCGAGCAGGUCAGCAACGCGCUAGGCGUGACCAACCGGGCCUCAAGCCCCGCAUCGAACCACAGCCCCAAGGAGAACAGGCACUCGGCCUGCAGCCUGCAGGAGGACGUCUACGUAGAGCACCUAAACCCGGCUCACAUCAGUCUGCAGCUCGGCCCGGACGCAUGACCACUUUGACUUCGAGACACUUUGACAUUCACAAGCGUCCUAAACGUAAAGGUUAUUUCUGUCCGGAAACACGAGAACGCUCUUGCCCCCUGGUGGCAAUUAAAAGUGUUGCACCUUAAAGAAACUCCAGUUCUUUUAAUUUUUCCACUGAAGCUGUGUUUAAAAAUGUGUGUGAAUGUGUGUGUAUGGUUGAAUUGUUUCCCUCAUUUGUACCAUGAACUCAAUACUGUGGAAGUUAUGUUAUGUACAAGUCUGAUUUCUGGGAUAUUUUUGAUGCUGUUUGGAUUUGUCUUUUGAGCUCAAGUAGCUUUCCAUCCAAAUAGGGUGGCAGUUAUAUAUGCAAAGGAUGCUCCCUUUGCUUUUUAAAUGUGUGUGUGUGUGUGUGUGUGUGUGUGUGUGUGUGUGUGUGUGUGUGUGUGUGUGUGUGUGUGUGUGUGUGUAUGUGUGGUGCUGACGGUCCUACAAUAAACUUGGGGUGGCUUUUCACUGCCUUCCUGUACGUACUGAGCUUUAAAGGAAGUCAUCAGUAUUGAACUCUACACUCCUGACACUUUGGCAAUACGUUGUAUACCCCAGAAGUCCCAAUAAAAAAAAUGAAGAUAUCGGAGACCAAAAUAUAGUGUUUGUUUACAUGUAACAACUUCCUGUUGUCUUUCUGAAGCAAUAGUAUGAUUUUGGCUAACGAAUCUGGCUUUUGUAUUGUAUUGACACUGAGAAUUUUUUUAUUCUCCUCAGUAUUAAAUUUGACUCGAAGCCCCGGAAUAGUCUUUUUUUGUCAAACGGCCAAUUUAUAUCCCCCACCUUUAUUUAACUAUUUUCUUUUCUUUUUUUCUGUUCAUCCUGUUGAGUGUGAUCUCUCCCGUUCAGAAGAGUUUUGAUAACAAACUGUCAUUGUUUUCAACGAGCAACACUGUGGUAUUGUAAUGAACCUGUCCUGUGUCUGUAUUUUGGAAAAAUAAAAGCCAUUUUUUUUUC